AGUAACAUCAAGGAGUGGUGGACCCGCUCUCGAUGGCCAUGAUGUGGAAAAUUUUCAUUCUCCUUUCGAACAUGAGUAGGGAUUUGUGUCACCGUAAAGAAUGCCUGAUUUUGUCCUUGACUUUUUUGUUUCUUGUGUGUAACUUACAGGUUGUUCGACCUUCCUCGCAGCAAUUGGUAAACAUUAAUCAGCUUACCUUAGCUCCCGGAGAAACUCUUAAAAUUAACACUACAGAGCCUUCCGCCAUUGUUGUAGACAGCCAAGGGAAAAAAAAAAUCCUUAAAAUAACUACCGAAGAAAACCUCUCGUUUAAAGGGAAUUUUGUCAGUUUACCUGGAUGGAAUUAUAGCGUUGCACGAAUAGUGUUUUCCAAAAACAUCUGGAUAGAAGCCAGCUCCAUAGUUGAGGUGUUUGGGGAACAUUCGCUAUCUAUCGAGUCUCUGGAAGGAAAUAUAACCGUUGAAAGUUUGAUCGAUUUAUCUUGUGAAGAGGCUGUGCUGGGUGGGAAGUGUGUUGGAGGAUAUAUGCCCACUGAUAAACCCACGAAUUGGUCGUCAGCUCUAAUACCGGGAAAUGGACCAGGGAGCACGAGCAAGGAAUACUUAACUAACCAGUCACCACGAUGCAUCGGUGGAAGCGGACACGGUGGCCGUGGAGGAAAUCCAGCGUAUGAUGAUAUUCAGGUUUACCUCUACAGUGGCUUAGAGUAUGGACGGAAUGAUUAUGAAGUCCUCCUAGGAGGCAGUUCAGGGUCUUAUCUUGAUUCUUCUGCUCUCACGAUUACUAAACCUGGACAUGGAGGGGGAGCAUUACAGUUGGUAGCGAAGCAGGGUUCCAUAAUAAUCGAAGAAAAGAUUAAGGCCAAUGCACAGCAAACAAAAGGGCAAUACGAAGUGAACAGUGGAAGUUCAGGAGGAUUAAUCCGCUUAGAAGCGAACGAGGUCCGCAUCAUCAAUGCUGGCUCACUGGAGGUAAAUGGUGCUCAUGCUGGAAAAAAUGGCAACACUUCCCCAGUGUGGGAAAAGGGGUCUGCCGGGGGCGCAGGAGGCAUUGUAGAUAUCCUUGCUAACAAGGUUUUCAUAGCAACUGGUUCUAUAUUACUUAUGCCUGGGAAUUCUACGGGUUGCGUCAACCAAACAACAGCAUCUCCUGGGUUCUUGACCAUACGAGAUCACUCGUGCAAUCUCAGAAUAUCUUGGAGAAAUAUCCCAGUCUUUCCUGCCGAUCCUGCAGGAUUCACUUGGACUAAUACAACACUGUUGCCUCCUUCCUCGAUACCCAGUUCUAUCGCUGUUGCCAUACAAACCCAACCAUCAGUCGAAAUAUCCACAAAUGACUCCCCUUUUAUUGUAACCUCUUCCCUUCCCGCGAAAAGAGAGUCAUCGACAACUGCUUCCAUCACAAACAUAUAUGAACGACAAAGUAAAAUGCACACUUCGUCUGCGGGUGUUAAGACAUCUUUUUCUCGUAAUGGCCUUUCCUCUACCAAACGUAUUCAGUGCUCAACAGAUGUCAAACCAGUGACUGCAACACUCUCAACUGAUGCAGUCUUUGCAUCUUCUCCUCCUCGAGCUGAUAUAAGAGUGACAAGAAAAUGGGAAGACCUGCUCACAAGUGUGGAAUACCUAACGGUAUCCAUAGGAAGCUCUCGAAACAACUCUUGGGCUGAUGACGUUUACAAUCUGCUUCAACGCCUUCGAACAUUAGUGGAAGAGGAACCGUUAACGGAACGGCAUCUUAACGUAUUCCUGAAAAUCCUUCAACAGUUUGGAAUGGCUCUUUCCAUGAUCCCAAGCGAACAUCAAGAAACUAUGAAAAACAUUGUUACCUCCCUCAUAACAACGGCAGAAUCCAGCUUCGAAAAGAGAAACGAACAAGUGUGGAGCACUACAGAAAAGCUACCAACAGUCUUGAGCGUAUUGGAGAACAUUACGUUAGCGCUAUGGAGAAUCACCUCGGUAAAUGAACCCUUCAAAUUUGAGCAUUACUCCCAAAGGACUGUUGUCCAAGUCGUUAGUUUAAAACCCACAAGAAAAAAAAGUGUAACACACUUUAUGCUUCCUGACAUUUCUAGAACAAACCAGUCGAUUUGGAAAAACGAACACAAUGCUGUUCUUAUACCGUCAUUUAACGAUGGUGUCGUCGUCGUAGUGUCCACGAUACUGUACAGAAACAUUAGCAGUAUUCAUCCCACUACUUUUAAAGAAAACCGAAAUGAAAGGGAAAAGAGUCAUCUAGUUUCUGACAUCCUCUCGUGUUCUGUACAGCACAAUGGACCUUUGAUUGAGAAUACGCCCUUUUUUCCCGUUGAGCUGCAAUUCCAUCAUCGGAACGGGAGAAUUCCUCACUCACCAAUCUGUGUAUUCUGGGAUCAUCAAAUCAGUGCUUGGUCCACAGAAGGCAUCAAGACCGCUCAAGUAGAUGGCACCCAGGCAAGAUGUCAUACAACUCAUCUCACAAGCUUUGCAAUUCUUACCCAGUACACAGAAGUGCAGAUUUCAGCUGAGGAUGAAUUCGUGCUCGGAAUCAUAACAUAUGUCGGAUGUGGAGUCUCCAUCGCCUGUCUCUUUGCGACAUUACUGGUAUAUCUUGCAUUUGAGUCGCUCUCCACUGAAAGGCAUAAGAUUCACAUGAACUUGGCUCUGGCUCUUCUGCUGGCUCAGUCGCUGUUCUUAACUGGUGUAAACGCUAUAGGACACAAGACUCUUUGCCGCGUUCUUGCCGUCUGCCUGCAUUACCUGUUUUCAGCAGUAUUCACUUGGAUGUGUGUAGAAGGUUUUCAUCUGUAUGUGAUGAUUCUGUCCGUGUUUCGUGCUGACAGCGUCAAAAUGAAAUACUACUAUUUGACUGGCUGGGGUAUUCCAGUUAUUAUUGUCGGUUUAGCUGCGUCAAUUCACCCUGAAGGAUACGGAACAAUAAAAUCAUGCUGGUUGUCUAUUCAUGAUCAAUUCAUUUGGGUUUUUCUGGCGCCUGUUGUUUUAGUGAUUGUGGUGAUUAUUAUUGUCGGUUUAGCUGCGUCAAUUCACCCUGAAGGAUACGGAACAAUAAAAUCAUGCUGGUUGUCUAUUGAUGAUCAAUUCAUUUGGGUUUUUCUGGCGCCUGUUGUUUUAGUGAUUGUGGUUAAUUUCAUGGUUCUUGUUGCCGUGAUAAAAGUCGUCGCUAAUUCCGCGUUACCGUCAAGGGCAAAUACAGACUUUGGAAAUGUCAAGGCUGGAGUCAAAAGCGCAGUUGUUCUACUACCUCUGCUUGGAGUCUCCUGGGUGUUCGGGCUUCUUACUUUAAAUGAAAAGAUGAUAGCUUUUCAGUACAUAUUUGCCUUUUCCACCAGUUUCCAGGGCAUGUUUAUCUUCUUGGCUCACUGUGUAGGAAGCAGCGACGUUCGCUCUGCGUUUAAACGGAUGAGGCAAAGACAUAUGUGGGCCCGUGGGUCAGAGAAUGCUCCGUCGCAUAUUCCUUCGAAAGUAAAUGUUCCUGUUUCAAAUGGAAUCAUCUCAAAAGGAAAUAUUUUAGAACAAAAGGAAAAGAUACGAGCGUCUGUAUUCAGCCAGACUAACAGCAAAGUGGUUAAAGUAAAGCCACCGAAAGACAACUUUGAAGGAGCUUGUUUACAAAUAAAUAGAACUUAUCAGAUGUCACGGAGAGAAACCACUGAAUCUAAAGAUUGUUCGAAAAUGACAUCACUAAACUGCCCGCAGGGUGCAGUUUCACCAAAAGAAUCUCCAAAACGAAGAUACUCAUCCAAGUUAUCGUAAUUAGCAGGGUAUUGGAUAUUCCAUAUUAGAUAGAAAUCCUACCAAGAAAAGGGGACCUGAUAUUUGGUGCCAGCUGUCACACAAAACUGACUUGGACAAAUUCCAGUUAAAGAAGUGGUUAUCUGCAAGACCCCGCUAGCUCCUUCAACGACAAGAAUGCGCUUGAGAUGCAACAAUGGAUUUAGUUAUUGAUUAACUUUGUUAAAUUAAUCAACAACAAUUGGAUUUCCUCCACCUUUCUUGCUUGCUGUAAAUAAACACUUAUUCUUUGUAACCUUUCUUUUUUGUCUUUGUUGCAAGUAAUUCACUGAGAUGAUUAACAAAAGUAACAUUCUCACUUGCUCUGUGUCUUGUAAGGUAAGGGGCAAGAACAACAAAAAGCUAAAUAUAAUGAUAAUAAUCACAAUACAAAAUUUUUACAACGCCCUCUUUUAGAGCUCCAAGGCGCUUGCUUUACAAUAAAAUGCUUAAACUUAGUAAAUAAUAA